UUAAGCAAUGUCGCUGGCUUAAAAAAUAAUAAUUGAGGUCUGUAUUAAUUAUCUCAAAUAAUGCCAUUGAGCAUAUCUAGUUGCAAACGUUUGAAAUGCAGCAAAUGUGUAGCUCUCGCUACAUGGAACUAUUUUGACACAGAGUUGUUGCGACUCCUGUUGGCCAUGCAUGAACUAGCAGUAGGUCACACCGACCGUAACAAGGAGAUUGACGUUUUGUUGUCUACAACCAUCUACCGAUACUUCGUUUGGAAAGAACAUCAAUCAUACGGCUUGGCGUUGCAGGGAUGUCGGGCCUAAAGCUGAUCUCUGCAACUGACACCCGAUAUUCAGGAACGGUGCUGAAGUCGAUGAAUAGACAACGAAAUAACGGAUUGUUCUGCGACGUCACCAUAAUUAUACAGGACCGUAAAUUUCGAGCGCACAAAAACAUAUUGUCGGCGUCGAGUACUUAUUUCCACCAACUUUUCUCAGUGGCUGGACAGGUGAUUGAGUUGAAUUUCAUAAAGGCGGAAAUCUUUGAGGAAAUCCUGAAUUACAUUUACAGUUCCAAGAUUGUCCGCGUUCGCUCUGACAUGCUCAAGGAGCUUAUCAAUGCUGGGCAGAUGUUGGGGGUGAAGUUCAUUGCGAAUCUAGGCGUACCGCUCUCACAAGUCAAGGGCCUACCUGGCCUGUCCAAAGACACGGAAAACAAUGAGGUGAGCUCUGUGGACAAAAACAGUACAGAGCCAACGAUGCCCAUUAUCACAGAGUCCUUUUCACUGUCUGCAGAGGAGUUCAACCAGACUGACCGAAGUACGGAUCAGGACUCAGACGAUGACAUUAUGUUUGUGUCCAAAACGGACGCCAUCAAAAAAUGCAAGCCCUCUGAAAUCAUUGAUUUGGAUGCACCCGAAACAGAGGAAGCCUCUGUGACAAAGCAACCGGGAGAGGCCAGACCCCCUGCUUUGACAAAGGACCAAGAGAGAACGGUCAAAGCAGCCCCACACCUUAACAGCUCCUCUCAGACCCUACGAGAGCACAGUCCUCUGAACAUCCCUAUGGUGUCCCCUGACACCAGUUCCAAUAUUCCAUCUUCACCUGCUGUAGCCUCGUCUUGCAGCACAUCCACAAUGCCGGCUAGAAUUGGCACUUUCAUCCCCAAACUCCACAGCACCUCCCUGCCCUCAGAAACCCCAGAGAUAAUAGGGAUCCAUAAGAAGCAGGUCACACUAGCUAAAAAGGGCAACUUAAAAAUCAAGCUCUCGGAUGUGACGUCACCAGGCGGAUUCAUCAAUGAGGCAGGCAUUAGCAUUCCCCAAGCGGCUGCAGCUGCAAAGAAGACAAUCACACUAGAUAAGGCCUCAGAGCUCGGCUCACUUUCUCCAGGCUGCAAGGUGUAUGCCAAUAUCGGGGAGAACACAUAUGACAUUGUCCCCAUGAAGGACGAUCCCGGGGAGGGAGAUUCUAAAAACAGUAGAGGGGCAAAGAGGUCUCUGAUGGCCACACCUCUUCAACCUUUCAACACCUCUCAACUGCCACAGGGUGCUUCGAGCAAGAAGAAGGCCAAAAGCGAGCAGGAAGAUCACUACGAGCUCAUCAUGGACGGGAAGACCUUUUUUGUGUGCGUGGUCUGUAAGCGUCCCUACGUGUGCCUGACGAGCCUCCGGCGCCACUUCAACACCCACUCUUGGGAGAAGAAGUACCCAUGCCACUACUGUGACAAGGUGUUCGCCCUGGCUGAGUACCGGACGAAACACGAGAUCCACCACACGGGUGAGCGGAGGUACCAGUGCCUGCUGUGCAACGAGAUGUUAAUCAACUACCAGCUACUGUCAACUCACUGCAAACAGGCCCACAACCAAGACCCGUCUGGGAGGAAACAGAAGGACGUCACCGACAACAACUUGUACCGCCUGCUUCCUUGCAAAACGGUGCAGUUCAAGACCUACUCAUAUGAGACGGACGGUUCAGAUCCAGGAGGGGUCCCUAUUAUCCAAGAGGAUGGGAGUGUCCAGCACAUUAACCCUGGAAGGGGGCAGCCCAACCCACUACCGUUACAGUCCACCCACGGCAAGAUGUUAAACUGGGAUGACAUAUUUGUGACGCCUGAGGCACAGCCUCGACCAGCUGCGCACGCCCACCGAACAGGGAGCCACCCCAUCCAACCUCCCCCAGGCUCGUCAGAGUUUGAGUUUGUCAUACCAGAGACCUACUGAGCAGGGUGGCUCACCGAUCUGUGCCUUGUCAGUGGGGUCCCCUUCUCGAAUUCUGUUUCCUGGGUCCAUGUCAAAUAUCAUCCAUGUUGUCUUUUUCAAAUGUUCAACAGUUGUUUUGUAGGAAGUUCCUAUGUGCACUAGCUAACCCAUCUGGGGUGUAGUAUGACUUUUUUGUUCUUAUCAUGCUCGUCAUUGAACUGUCUAUUGUCUCAUUGUAUUUCUACUGACGCUUUUUAAUGGUAAAUAUUUCCAAGAACUUUGGAGUGCUCAUGCUGUUCAACAGAAGGACCCUCAAUCUAGUCAUAUAAAUGUAUUUAUUGUUGGUACAUAUUUUUAUUUUAUGAUUUUUUUUUUAUAGAGGCAAAAUAUGUUAUGCCUUUGAGAAGAUAAUGUACAGUUUAUUUUCAAACCACAGAGAUUGGAUCAGGAUGUGGGAUAUUGAUGGAAUUAAUUGAUACUGAAACAAUGCUCUUUCUGCACACAGGGAUUCAGAUACCAGCUCAUUGAUGGGAUACAUUGCUUCAAAUACCAUAUGUGUUGAUUAAAAUCUGGAUUGUUCAAA